AAAUUUAUAACAUUUACACUCGAAUUAAUACUCUCAACAGAUCGAUAGGAUAAAUAUAAUUGUGUAGUACGGUCAGUUCUUAGUUCAGAAAGAAUAAUGUCGCACUACGAGAACCAAUAUAGUGCAGGACAGGUGCAGACGGACGAAUACGGCAACCCCAUCCGACAUAGUACUGCAGGGCAGGUGCAGACAGACGAAUAUGGCAAUCCCAUACGCCAAACUGACGAAUAUGGAAACCCAGUCCAUCGUACUGGAGGGACCAUGGGAGACUAUGGAACUAUUGGUGCUUAUGGAACUCAGGCUGCUGGCCACACUACUGGCGUACAUGGUGGGGAGCAAAGGCAGCAUGGCACUCUCGGUGGCAUGCUUCACCGUUCUGGCAGCUCUAGCUCCAGCAGCUCUGAGGAUGAUGGACACGGUGGUAGAAGGAAGAAGAAAGGGAUAAAGGACAAGGUUAAGGAGAAAUUGCCAGGAGGUCACAGGGAUGACCAAGCCCAUUCAACUGCAACUACUACGACUACUGGUUAUGGCAUGGAAGGCUCUCAUGAGAAAAAAGGGUUUAUGGAGAAGAUUAAGGAGAAGCUUCCAGGCCAUCAUGGCACUGGCCACCACUAGAAAUUGAAGCUGUGGCAAAAGAAUAAAUCGUUUUAAACAUACAUUUGUAAAAUGUUGGUUAAGUACCGUAUUAGUGGUCGUUUCUAGUUCGUCCUUGCUGUGUCUUGAAGCGGGCGUUUAUAAUGUGAAUAAUAAAGCCAUGCUAGCUCCCUCCCGAGUGCUAGUGGAAGGAUAAUCACACAGGUAGCUAGCAAGUCUUUUUAAGUACGUUGUAUCAUGUACCUCGUUAUGAAUGUAUUUAAGUUUAUUGGCCAA